AGGAACUUGUGUAUUGACUCGCGCAGUUGACAAGUUCUGUCCGUGGAGCGCCUCCGGAGCUAGAUAUCUAACAGAGCAAGAAUUGAAAAUAAUGAAGCUAUCAGAGCCGAUGUUGGUGUCCACUGGUGGAUGGGGAGGAGGAGUUCUUAAUCAAUAUGUAGCUGCAGUAUCAGGCUCAAUGUGUUACACAAUCAUGGGAUCUGCCACGGCCUGGCCCUCCCCCGUACUUAUCAAGAUGGCUGAUGGAGAGACUCCGAUGGUCCUGGACGUUCCUCAGGUCUCCUGGAUGGUAUCUCUGAUGUUCCUGGGGCACAUCACGAGUCCUCUGCCCACCGGCUACUUGAUGGAUAUCUUCGGCCGCAAGAGGACGUGUCUCUGCCUGACGAUCCUUCCCUUCACAUCCUGGCUGCUCAUCUUCUUCGCGAACUCUCCAGUCCACUUGUAUAUCGCCAGAUUCACAGCUGGACUUUGGAUCGGGGUCACCACCACAGUCAUGCCCAUCUACGUGGGAGAAAUAUCCGGCCCUAGGUUACGCAAUUCACUGACAACAAUCAACAACCUCUUACUGAACUUCGGAGUUCUAUUCGCUUACGUGAUCGGACCCUUCGUAAGCUACUACACGUUGGCAAUAGCUUGUGAAGCACUGACUGUACUUUACUUCCUUGCCUUCUUCUCGAUGCCUGAGUCGCCGUACUUCUACAUGAAACACAAACAAAGAGAAAAAGCGUUGGAGGUCUUGAGUUGGCUUAGGAAAGGGGAGACCGAAGAAAAUAUUGAGGCCGAAAUAAAAAGGAUAGAGCAAGCCAUAGAAGAACAAACUCUUCAGAAAGGAACCCUUAAAGAUAUAUUUUUCGAUCGAGGUAACAGAAAGGCGUUUUUGAUUUCGAUUAUUUAUGCGAUAUUAAAAAGAAUGUCUGGAUCGGGAGUGAUGCAGGCAUACACAUCAGUAACGUUGCCCAAGGUCACGUUUGGGGUUCUGGACCCAAAUACCUGUGUCAUCGUUAUCGGAACUAUCAGUCUUCUGUCAUCAUUGGCAUCCACCGCUCUCGCCGUCAGAUACAGAAGGAUGACCUUGUUAACGAUAUCCUGCAUUGGAUGUGCCAUUUCCACGGCUAUUAUCAUGAUCUGGUUUUAUUUAGACGAACUGACAUCUACUAAAGUGACAGCUUACAGUGAUAUUGUAUUUAUAUCAUUUGCGCUCUAUUAUUCAGUAUUUAACAUCGGACUCGGCCCAGUUGGGACCAGUAUUAAAGGCGAAAUUUUCUCAACAAACGUGAAAGCGUUGUCAUCAUCUUUGACGACUCUAGUUGUCGCUUUUUCUGGAUUUAUCAUGAAUAAGUUUUACCUAUUAAUUGACCAGUGGUUGGGCAUGUAUUUUAACUAUCUCAUAUUCAGUGUUGCUUGCACUGUGGCACUAGCGUUUACUUGGACAUACGUGCCAGACACGCAAAACAAAACUUUGGAGGAGAUUCAAGAAUUACUCAGAGGAGGUGGCAAGAAAUAUAGGAACUAUGAUUCCACCGAACCACUUUCAAAAACGUAGUUACACUACGCUACGUAUCGACGAGCGGUUGAAUUACCUGAAGUGAUAAUUAAAUGCAUACAUACAUAUAUACAUGUACAUGAGAUAAAAAUUCCUUCCACCAUACUCAGAAUUAUUGUAAUACUCUUACUUGUUAUUGUAUUAUUAUAAGUUGUAAUAUUUGAAAACAUAUUUACCAAUAAAAAUAACGAUCAUUUCGA